GGGGUUAUGCUCCGCAUUCUAAAAUAUUAUUGGUUUAUGUCGCUGUCGAUUAGAGAGAGAUAGCACUUCCGGUGCAGCUUGGUUGCGCUCCUGUCAGUGAGGCGCCCGCUAUUCUGUUGUUAUCGACCGAGGCGGUUUUCUCUGUCUCCGCCGAGGAACGUUCGUUCCCACCGCAAAAAAUUUAAUACCCAUCAAUAAAAAGAAAUCGAUGUGAUCUAUUUGAAAGCGGGGAGGCAGGGGAGGGGGAAAUGUCCAAAGAGUCGAGGAGCAGGCGAAGGGAGUUUGCGCCGGCCUUUUUGGGCGGCGGCGAUAGUCGCGAGCGGAGCGGGCAACGGCAGCCUGGAGCCGGCGUCGAGUCCCGGGACAGGCCGGGGCCAAAGAUGGGGCCUGCCGGCGACGAGCGGGAACGAUCGGGCAGCGGCAGCUCGGGAUCCUCGUACGGGGGCAAAGGCAAGAGCCCGGCAGGGAGCGGCAGUUCCAAGGCCUCAUUCCAGAGAUCCAACAGUCAUGAUAAAGUUCGCAAGAUAGUUGCACAAGAAGGACGAGCGGCCAGAAACCUAAUUGCAUGGAGCGUUCCCUUGGAAAAUAAAGAUGAUGAUGGAAGGUCCAAGAUACACAACAGUGGAAAAAUACGAGAAACUGUUAAGUCGCAGCGGUCUGCUCUAGCUUCUCAGAGGGUCAUAAAACAGGCUGCUUCAACAGAAAAAUCCUCGUUAAGCACUGUUAGGGAGAAGGUCGUAGUGGAGAAGAGUCCAACAAAAGGUCGACAACCCCGAAAGAUUGAUUUACGGGCUCGCUAUUGGGCAUUUCUUUUCGAUAAUCUCAGACGAGCGGUGGAUGAAAUUUAUGUCACGUGUGAGUCAGACCAGAGUGUGGUGGAAUGUAAGGAAGUGUUGAUGAUGCUGGAUAACUACGUGCGAGAUUUCAAGGCAUUGAUAGAUUGGUUGCAGCUGCAGGAAAAGUUAGAGAAUACAGAUGCACGGAACAGACCCACAUCGCUGGCUUGGGAAGUGAGGAAAAUGUCCCCAGGGCGACAUGUUAUGCCAAGUCCACCAACAGACAGAAUUUGCACAACGUCAAGUGCCCGAAGGAGUUUAAACUUUGGAGCUCCUAAUACGAUGGGCGCUCCUCCAGCUUUGGUAGCAGCUCGUCUUGCUCCAACUGGUGUCAGUUGGGCAGACAAAGUCAAAGCUAAUCGGGCAAAUAUUGCUUCUCCAAAACAUAGCCGAAACAACUGUCAAAAAUCUUCACAGCGGAGCAGAUUGCAUCCAAAUGAAAAGAAAGAUACCGAAGGAUGGGAAACAGUACAGCGUGGAAGAGCUACCCGAUCACGUUCUGCCACAAUGGCUGCAAAUGCUUCUACUAAGACUUCAGACAUGAUGGACCUGAGUCUUAAGGAUGACAGUGAUAAAGAAAACGGGCUCUCAGUCUCCCAGAAUAGCAAAAUAGACUUUGAAAGUAGCCCUAGUUCUGAGAGCAUGACAGAUUCACCAGAAAAGUUAAUUAACAGGAAUGAAGACACCUCUAUAGAUGUCCUCAAGCACACAGCAAACAUGUCUGCAGAUCCAGUGCAGCCUGAUAAUGUGCCUUUGCAAGACAAGUCUUGGCAGCAGGAUACAGACUCUAUUGAAAGUGAAAGAGAUGUCGCCUGUCUGUCAGAAGAUGUAAAUGUGGAAGCAAUACCUGUCAUUUCUGUACAAGAACCAACUUCAUCAGACACUCCAAAACUGGAACCUGACGUGGAUCUCUCUGGCGAUCUUUCAAAUCAAUCUAUGGCAGCAGUCCUUGCCAAAGGAGAGGAACUGGCAAACCGUCUGGAAAAGGAGAAUGAAGAAGCGAUUGCUAAUGCUAUAGCUGAGGAAGAACAAUUAACAAGAGAAAUACAGGCUGAGGAAAACAAUGACAUAAACAUAGAGACUGACACUGAAAGCGAGCUCACAGCCAGCAUGAACAGCGGCAGCUUGUCUCUCUAUAGUGUUUCCUCACAGUCUCAAAAUCUGGACUGGAAUGAUGUCCUUGCAGAAUAUGAAGCACGUGAACCUUGGCGUCAGAGUACUUCAUGGGGGGAUAUUGUGGAGGAGGAGCCAGCACGACCACCUGGACAUGCCAUCCAGAUGCACGAAAAGCUUUCCUCACCAUCGAGGAAAAUGACAAUUGCAGAAUCAAAAAAGAGACAUGAGGAAAAGCAGCUGAAAGCCCAACAACUUCGUGAAAAACUACGAGAGGAACAGACGCUGAAAUUGCAGAAGUUGUUGGAGCGAGAGAAGGAAGUACGGAAGUGGAAGGAGGAGCUGCUGGAGCAGAGGAGGAAGAUGAUGGAGGAGAAGCUGCUUCAUGCUGAGCUGAAACGGGAGCUUCAGCUGCAAGCAAUAGUGAAGAAGGCACAAGAGGAAGAGGCUAAGGUUAAUGAAAUUGCUUUCAUCAACACAUUGGAAGCUCAAAACAAGCGUCAUGAUGUUCUUGCAAAGCUGAAAGAGUACGAGCAGCGGCUGAAUGAAUUACAGGAAGAACGACAUCGUCGGCAAGAGGAGAAGCAAGCACGCGAUGAGGCUGUACAGGAACGCAAGAGAGCACUGGAGGCAGAGCGUCAGGCCCGUGUGGAAGAACUAAUGUUGAAGAGGAGAGAACAGGAGGCACGGAUUGAGCAACAGCGACAAGAAAAAGAGAAAGCAAGGGAAGAUGCAGCACGUGAAAGAGCCAGGGAACGAGAGGAGAGGCUGGCUGCGCUGUGUGCAGCUCAACAAGAAGCUAUGGAAGAACUACAAAAGAAAAUACAACUGAAGCAUGAUGAGAGCAGUCGGAGGCAUAUGGAGCAGAUCGAACAACGAAAAGAAAAAGCAGCUGAGCUUAGCAGUGGGAGACAUGCUAACACUGACUACGCACCCAAACUUACUCCAUAUGAACGAAAAAAACAUUGCUCCUUGUGCAACGUGUUGAUCACCUCUGAGGUCUAUCUCUUCAGCCACAUAAAAGGGAGAAAACAUCAGCAAGCUGUGCGGGAGAAUAGCAGCAUUCAAGGACGGGAACUGUCAGAUGAAGAAGUGGAGCAUCUAUCCUGCAAGAAGUACAUUACAGACAUUGUAACUGAGACCUGUGUGCACCCUGAGACAUCAAAGGAUGCAGAAGAGAAGCAGAAAGUCAGGAAGAAGGCCAAGAAACUUCGAGCACGCAUGAACUCCAGGGGCAAAGAGUAUGAAAGCUCACUGGAAGCCAAAGCUCAGAUUCCAGAUUCGCCCUUCAAAGCUAAACUUCAGAGAUUAGUGAAAGAUCUCCUGAAACAGCUGCAAGGACAGGAUAGCGGACCUUGGGCAAAUAACAAGGUAUCUUCGCUUGACAGGACUCUGGGAGAAAUCAGUCGCAUUCUGGAGAAACAGAAUAAUGCAGAUCAAAUCGGAUUCCAAGUUGGUGGAGGUCUAACUGCUCUUGAGCAAAUCCUUCAAGUUGUGAAUACAGUUUCCAGCCCUAAUAUUUCUCCUCGGAUUCCAGUCAACCUGGAGGUUCUGGAUGACUGCAUCACCGCCUCCCUGAAGUGUAAUUCAAUCCAAGGAAGGAUGAAAAUUUGCUGGAGGACCUCAAUAUCCCUGUGCAAUGUGAUUAAUGCAUACUGCUUUGCCUGUCGUGGCUGCUAUGACAACUGCUUCUAUGUUCUGUUCAGUAACAAGAUCACCUUUUUAAUGGAACUGCUGAUGCAUCAAUUGACGCUUUUUGUUCCAGCUGAAGACGAGGCCAUCAUUGGAAAGAGUGUGAGCAAGCAGGUAUUUGAAGGGCUGACCACAGGGCUCCUGCACACCUGUGCUACUGUGCUUGGGUGCUUGGCCAACCAUCUUCCUGAGGCCAACAGCCAUCCUGGGACACCUAAGAAAUCUGGGCAAGAAACAAAAUAUAACCUUUCACAGAGUGAGCUCUGCAUCAGCAGGGUUCAGGAUCUCAUCAGCUAUGUAGUAUAUACUGGACUCACUGAUAAGUUGUAUAGCUGUUUCCUCUCAAUACAAGGGCCCGUUGAUGAUCAACCUAAAAUUGCCUCCUUUCUACAAAACGUUACAGCCCUGCUUCACAGUAUGUGUCGGCUUUGCUUUGCUCUUGUCAAUCGGUCACAAGGUGUAUUUGAGAACAAGAGGCAGGACCCCACUGGUCUGAUUGCAGCACUGCAAGCUACAGAGCUGGUGGGUGUUCUCAACAUGCUUUACUGCAUCCUCCUUCAUGGUAUAAUCCCAGACCAUAACAUUUCCGCGCCUGCAGAAACCUACCCACAGCACACCAUUCACGUCGCAAUCCAGAGUCUUCGCUUUCUGAACAGUUUUGCAUUUUUGGACCUUCCCACUUUUCAGUCUGUGUGUGGCGCAGAGGGCCUGUCUCUGGCAUUCCGCCACAUUGUCAGCUCGCUACUGUGGUACUGUUACCAUCAUACCUGUGAAGACCUGCUGCAUGAAGUCAUCGUCUGCGUAGGCUAUUUCACCGUAAACCAUCCUGACAAUCAGUUAACAGUGCAAUCUGGCCGCCACCCCACAGUUCUUCAGAAACUCUGCCAACUGCCUUUUCAGUACUUUAGUGAUCAACGAUUGAUCAAAGUCCUGUUUCCAACACUGAUAACAGCUUGUUACAACAACCCACAGAACAAAGUCAUCUUGGAGCAGGAGAUGAGCUGCAUUCUGUUAGCUACUUUUAUCCAGGAUUUUGCGCUGAGUUUGAGUCAGUCUGACAAUAAGACUUCUCAACAGAAAGAGAGAAUUCCUGGAGCUCAAGACUACCUUGAUUUCUCCAACAGGUUCCCCAGGGAGAUGUGGGAGGAUGCCCGGAAAUUUUUUUUAAAUAAAGACACAAUUUGCUAAGAAUAAAACAGAUUUGGGAAAGGGUGAAAAAUACCCAACCCCUCAAAACAUUACUUGAUUUAUAAAUUAGUCUUGUAAUUCAUUCAUUGACAUUAUGUUCUAGAAUGUUCUUAUAUUUGAUUUGCACAAAUUGUAUAUAGUACCUGUUGUACAUACGAUUUUCAUUGUAAUCACUUUUUGACAAUUUUUUAAUGUGAUGCUUUCUAAUGUAUGUGUGUGUAGAAUAAUCCAUUUGGUUCUUGUUGUUUAGAAUGAUCCAGCAGUCCCCUGUGGAAUGUGUCAAUUAAUUUUAUUUAUUAGCAGUGUAUCAGUGCCUUAGAUACACUGAUGACACAAUAAAAUUAUUUAUUUUCAUCUGCA